AUGCCACUGGAUACGAUAUACCUUACUCGCCAUGGGCACCGGCUUAACUGGACCAUUGACGUGCGCACCGGCACCUACAAAUCCCAGUUCCCGACGCCAACGGGCAAUCCAGCAGAUCCAGCACUGACAUCGCACGGUGUUCGUCAGUCACAUGAACUUGCAGUACAUAUUGCCGGCCCGGAUUUCCACCCGAAACCCUUUCGGGUCUACUCGAGUCCUUUCUACCGAUGUCUGCAAACCAUCCAGCCCUCGGUCGAGGAGCUCAGGAAGAAACACCACGAGUCCAAGUAUACCAGCAACAAUGGAUCUCUGCACGGUCAGAUAGACCCAGCUGCCGACUUGGAUGUCAGAAUUGAGAAUGGACUAGGAGAAUGGUUUGGCCCGACAACCUUCUUUAAUCACCCCUCUCACCCGGCACCAGACACAAUGCGCAUCCACUUCCCUUCACUUAUCCCAUCUUCCGCGGAAACAAAGUAUACACCCCUCCUGCAUCCCUCCACUCGCGGCGAGACCAUCGCCCAACUCCACAACCGUGUCGCCACCGCCCUGGAAGGGAUAAUCGCCGACGUAGACGCGGAAAUCACCACGCUUGAGGCGACCCUGCCCGCGGAGCAGCGCACGAGCAAGUCUAUCUUGAUCUGCGCGCACGCCGCCCCGCUCAUUGCCAUGGGUCGUGUUCUAACGGGGCAUAUGCCGGAAGAUAGCUCGGAGGAGGACUUUUAUGUGUUCACGGCUGGGUUGAGUACGUUCAAGCGAAGAGGGACUGCAGCUGAGAAGGAUGAGAGUGGUUCGCAGACUCUGUUGGCUGAGGGGACGAGGUUCGUUCGUUCUCGGGGCGUUCCUGCCUGGCAGGGCGGCCGUGGUGUUGGGGGUGGAUGGGACUGUGUCAAGAAUGGGGAUUGCCGUUUUUUGAGCGGCGGUGCUGAGCGUGGAUGGCAUUUUAACGGCGAGGAGUCUUUUGACACAGGUCCCAUGGCUGCGCUUUCUGAAAACACUGCUCCUUUAAGUUCAUCCGGAGUUGAGACGAAUAGAUCUGGAAUGAAGUUGUAA